CGAUCAUCACCACCUCAACAACACACACACACACACACAACUCAGUAGUCCUCGUUUCCGUUCCUUUUGAGUACGGCAAACGUUGACUGAUCACUCAAGAUCACGUUCCAAUAAAAGCAAAUCGCAAUCACGCUCCACUCUCUUUCAAGAUCUCAACUAUUCUCUCUCGCUGAAAGAGAGAGAAUUGAGACAGAGAACGAGCAUCUUCCCCCACAAUGACAUCCACCGCCAGUCCGAUGCACAUGUCUUCUUCAGCAGCUGCAGCUUUUGAGCUGCCAUCAAUGCCAGGUCCAUACGAAGAUUUUGAAUUCUCACUCAAUCUCCCCGAAAACAUCACAGCCUCCGAUCUUAGCUUGGUUGCAUCGCCUGGCUUUGGUGACUUGUUUGGACUGAACAAUGCCGGAAGCCUUUUCGGAAGUAGCGGCGGCGGAGUUGGAGGCGGCGGCGGUGGUGGUGGUACAAGUGGUGCGAUGUCCAACUUUUCCGCUUCUACACCUGUUCCUCAACCUGGCACUUCCAGUGGAACACAUACACCCAAUUUGGUUCCCACUGGAUUCAAUUGGAAGAACUCCCCAAAUACACCCAGAACUCAUGAUUUGGACGAUACGAUGAUGACAUCAACGCUCACUUCACAAUCAUCAAAACCAGCCUCUCAUUCCACUCAACCAGGUGGACAACAGGAAAUCUUUUCGGGUGGCAUGCUAGGCUUAGAAGCACCACCUCAACCGCAGACAACCAGCAUGCCAACCAGUCAAUCUUUUGGAGCACUGUCGCAGCCUCCAGUCGCACCUUUCCCGCCUCCUGCUGGAGGUUCACUCUGGGGUAAUCCCAGUAUGCCAUUUCAGUCAUUCCCUGUCAACCAGCAGCAAGGUACUAUUGGUGGUGCUGCGUUGUUUGAUGCAAAUGAGACCAGCUUCUUGACCAACUUCCUGUCCGGAUUUGAAGGAUGGGAUUUCAAUCCAAACCUACCGAUGGAUUUGCCAAGCUUUGCCGAAGCAGAAAAGCAAGCUUAUCAGAUGGGCACCUCGCCCAGUAGCACCGAUAAUAGACGCAAUUCAAGACAGAGGAGUGCUUUCGGCAGCAUUGGCAGGACUGGUACGAAUAAAGGUUCACCGCACACCACUUUUGGCGGAAACAAUCAUGCAAGUCCAGCAGGAAAGAUGGAGAGCAGCAUUGGUGCCGCAUUUGGACAUCCUAUGGAGGGAUGGAACGACGAAGAGGAUGAAGAGCAAGGUGCGAAUCGAAGAACAUCUGGUAAUGUCGGUGUGGGCAAAAAGCUGAAAACCGAGCACGGUAGCUUUGAUGGAAGAGGUGCAAAGCAACAACAUCAGAUGAACACUUUCAACCCUUAUUAUCAGCAACACGCACAACAACAACAAGCUCCACAACCACCACAGUAUGACUCGCGCGAGUUGCUCUCAGAAUCAGAAAAGAGGAGUAACCAUAUCCUGAGCGAACAAAGGAGAAGGAAUCACAUUCGUGAAGCAUUCAAAGAGCUUGUGGAUUUGUUGGAAGCUGGAAGAGAGUUUGGAGCACGAGGUUUGGGUCUGAGUUCAGGAGCAGGAACUGGAAUUGAAGAUGAAGGGUUAGACGAUCGCAGCGACUAUGAGAGCACGUUGGAAGAUGAAGAACCAAGUGCAGCAACGAAGAGACGCAAACUUAAAGCUAGAAGAAGAGCUGCAGUAGAAGCAGCACGUAAAGCAGGAGCGACAGGACAUGCAGCUGCAGCAGCUUUCCUCAACGGUACAGGUAGAGGAAAAGGACGUGGAAGGGGAGGAAGUGCAGGAGGAGGAGCAGGAAGCAAGAGUGCAGUUUUGUUUCAAACCGUUGAUCUUUUGCAUUGGCUGAACGGAAGAAAUGAAGUUUUGGCAAGCCACGUUCAAGAAUUGGAAGAAGCACUUGUGUGAUUGUUACCAAUACACACACACAAACAAACAAUGAUUUCAUACUUUAUAUACUUAUCCAUAGGUUCCGUUAAUACUUUUUUAUAUUCUCUGUGCUAGACUUAGAGAUGUUGCUUUGGACAGUG